AUGCCUACCCGCGAGAAAUCACGCCCGAAACCUCGAGGAUCCGACGAGGAAUUUGUCCUCUUUCUUCAAGGGAUCCCAGCCCAUUGCCGCUGGCAAGAACUCAAAGACCUCAUCCGCCAGACAGCCGUUCAUAUCCGCCAGGCUGUGGUCUACGACGACAGUCAUGGCUUUCCUACUGGGUUGGGACAGAUAAUCGUCAAGAAUGAAGAGGAAGCGUGGAGGACUUAUCAUCGACUGUCCGCCAACGGCUGGGAAGGACAGAGCAUAGUCGUCACGCUCUCGAAAACCUGUGCCCCGACUCGUCCUAUCGCAGGCCCUACCAGAGGUCCAGCGUGCGUGUUUCCUUCUGGUUAUAUGUCUGGCUACUCGACGCCGCCUCGUGUGACCCAGAAUUUGGCCGCCCCCGGUUCUCCAGAAUCCCUAUACCAGAGCCCAGAAUACGCACCGAUAAUAGGCCUCCCUCAGCCACCGCCGUCAUUCGUCCCCAUGUUCCAAGACCCUCUAUCUCCACCGACGGCUCCAGCUCCAGGUCCAGGUCCAGCCGUCGCCUGCGAUUCUUCAUUAUACACCUUCAUCCCUCCACCGACAUACCAAUUCCAACAAGUCCCUGAACCACUCGCACACGUCCCAGCGAAGCCUCUGUUCAACAUCCCAAGCUACACCACCAACAACUUCUACACGAAAUCCACCCGCCGCACAAUUCUCGUCCAAAACCUCAGCGCAAACACAACACAAGCGAACCUGGCCUCUCUCUUCCAAGAAGCUGGUCCUAUCGAGCGAUGCCACUUCGACAGCACCACAACAACUUCCGCUUACACCCACCAGAAACAAUCAGCCAGAAUCACAUUCACAACACCGGACUCCGCCAAACGCGCUGCCACACUAUUCAACAACACCGCAUUCAUGGGGUCAAAGCGAAUCCGCGUACGCAUCGAUCGAAACCCCAACCCCAACCCCAGCCUAGCACCGACCCCAGACUACAACCAGACCCCGACUGUGAAUAAUACAAGGACAACCAGCGCAGCAAGCACAAACUCAACAACACCCGCUUCAAGCCCUAGCCCUAGUCCUGGUCCUUACUCUUAUUCAUACGCUGGCCAUAGCAGCGCUGGGACUAGUCCUGCGCAUAGUGUUGCUGGCGGUUCUAGGCCUGCGUCGAAGGAUGGACCUGCUCCGAGACAGUCGGUGGAUAGGUGUCAGCCGUUGGUGGUGAAUGGGUCUGGGGUUGGGAGGAAUGCGGUUGCUGUUGUUGUUGGUUGA